UCCCGUCUAUAAAUGGACGCCUAAGCCUCCACAUUUCGAUCCAAAUUCUCCGAUCGAUCGCAAAGUUCUCGCUCGGCGGAGAGAUGGAGAUCGACUUGACGCCGAGGCUGUCGAAGAAAUCGUACGGCGGGGAUGGCGGCGCCUACUACGCCUGGUGCAGCGAGGAGCUCCCGAUGCUCCGCGCCGCCAACAUUGGAGCGGGGAAACUCGCGCUGGAGAAGCGAGGGCUGGCGCUUCCGAGCUACUCCGACUCCGCCAAGGUCGCCUACGUCCUCCAAGGUGAUGGAACUCUAGGGAUUGUGCUUCCAGAGGCUACAAAAGAGAAGGUGCUUGCGAUCAAGAAGGGUGAUGCAAUUGCCCUUCCUUUUGGAGUUGUGACCUGGUGGUUCAACCCCAAUGAAACUGACCUUGUGGUACUCUUCCUUGGGGACACUUCAAAGGGCCACACAGCUGGGCAAUUCACCAACUUCCCCAUCACUGGCACUGAUGGCAUCUUCACUGGUUUUAGUACUGAGUUUGUUAGUCGUGCUUGGGACCUAAGUGAAGACGAAGCAAAGAACCUUGUCAGCAGCCAAAUAAACUCUGGCAUCAUCAAGGUUAAAGAUGGUCAAGCCAUGCCUACACCUUCACCCAAGGACAGAGAGGGCAUGGUCCUCAACUGUGAGGAAGCCCCUCUAGAUGUGGACAUCAAGAACGGCGGAUGUGUUGUGGUUUUGAACACUAAGAACCUUCCCCUGGUUGGACAAGUUGGCCUCGGGGCUGAUCUCGUGAGGAUCAAUGGGCAUGCCAUGUGUUCCCCUGGAUUUUCUUGUGAUUCAGCUUACCAGGUGACCUACAUUGUUAGAGGCAGCGGUCGUGUUCAGGUGGUUGGCGUCAAUGGCAAGCGUGUUCUCGAGACACAUGUGAAGGCUGGCUAUCUGUUCAUUGUGCCAAGGUUCUUUGUCGUGUCGAAGAUCGCUGAUGAUGAUGGAAUGGCGUGGUUCUCUAUCAUCUCCACACCUAACCCUGUGUUCACUCAUUUGGCCGGAAAGACCUCGGUGUGGAAGGCAAUGUCCCCGGAGGUGCUUCAGGCUGCGUUCAACACCACCCCUGAGCUAGAGAAGCUGUUCAGAUCUAAAAGGACUUCUGAUGAAAUCUUCUUCCCUCCAAAUUAAGCUAGUCGUUAGUUAGUUAGUUCCUUGCAUCCAAAUAAAGCUCAGCACAACUUAUGUUAAGCAUUGUUAUAGACAUCAUUUGGUGUCCUAAUCUACCAUGAGACAUUAAUGGUCUGUUUCACUCAAUAAAAGGAGCUCAAAUUUGUGCCGAGCUCUAAGAAAAAAACAAACUAGACAAGAACA